CGUGUGUUGCACGUGCAAGCUUACUAGUCUUGAGGAAAUCCUCCGACCGCUUGCUCAGCUCCGCCGUGCCGACGGACGGCUCGCGGGCAGGCUUUCACCCCGCUAUAUUGAUAUAGCAACCAUUCGAUAUGCAGAGUAUUACUGUAAUAGCACACUCCACACCACGGGAGGAAAGGCUUGGUCAUCGCUCGGCCCAAGGAUAGACGAAAUUACGAGGGCCCAACGCAAUGUGGAGGACCCGUCUUCCUCCAGCACCUUCCCCAGUUCUCCUCCCCUACCGCCGUUCUGCUCCCCCACCGUCCGCGCCAUCUCCACCGCGCGCCGUCCUACCCCAUCUCCAGCGCCCCCUUCCUCCAGUUUGUGCGCUUGGUUUCUCCUCCUUCCGCUAAGCUCCCUCCAUUUCGUACCUUGGUACCUGCACCGCACCGUGCACACCAGCUCGCCGCCCCCGGCGACUUCGCCGAAGUGGACACGCCGCCGCCGCUGCAGCUGCAGCUGCUCCAUGGAGGUCGCCCACGCGGCCGCUUCUCGCCCUCUCCAUCAUCAUCUGUAUUCAUAUAUAAGCAUCCUGAGAUUGAGGCAUUGGGUUCUUUCAGUUCUUCCGAUGGAUCCACUUCCCCACCGAAAACCCAAGCAAUCCGUGUACAGCUUAGGCGAACAGCAGCUGAAAUUGGGGAUGGAGUUCAGUUACUGUUACUUAUCUCAGUUAGCUUAUCUUCCACUAAGUGGGAGGACAAUGAAGGUUGCCAUCCGGGUAUGGUGGAUGAUGAGCAGGAUGGCACCCGCAAAAUGAUUAUGGUGGGCUUGAAUUAUUUGCAGACAGAAGGUAUUGGCCGACUUGCUGAGGUCUUUGUGUACGAGGUCAAGGUCAUGGUCAUCUCCUUAACAUCGCAUCAAAUACACCAGUGCUCCAUUCAAGUCCAAAUCCACAGGACCAUUUACUAGGUCAUGGACUCAUGGUCAUGCAUGCCCGUCUCCUUUCACAUGGCCAUCUCCUAGGAAGUUCCACACGAAUCCUCUUCCAGUCUUCCUUGGGUCAACUCUAAGUUUUUGUAACCAUAUCCUAGAUAUAUUUGCAGUAGGAAGGCAGUCAUGAAAGUGGUACUAGCUAUAAGAGAGGCGCUGCUGCCUGACCUGAAUUUCUCUAGUGCAAGGUGUAGUGUAGAACUGUCGAUCCACCAUGGGCAUCUUGCCGAUGAUGUUCUCUCUGCUGGUACUCGGGUCACUAGGAAAGCUAACAGCUCUGGCAUCCGGAGUUGUGACAAACCAGCAGAGCCCCGAAGGGACCUGGGCACGACCAUCCCGUGCCGGUUUCACGCUCGAUGACUGCCCGACGAGCUGCGGCAGUGUGAGCUUCAGCUAUCCCUUCGGCAUCGGAUCCAGGUGCUCCCGUGGGCCUGACUUCAACCUCAGUUGCAACGAUGCCACUCACCCCCCCAUACUUUUCUUGUGUGACGGCAUCACCGAAGUGGUCAACUUUGGCGGUGAUUCUCAUUAUGAUUUAAACUCGAUCUGGGCCUCCUUCUCGCAUACCAUCCCCUUGAAAUCUGGUGUUAGUGCUUACAACUUGUCUUUCAAACCACCUGGGAGGUCCUUCCAUCUUUAUCCCUUUGUUCUAAACAUCAUUGGCUGCGACCUGGCAGUGUACUCUGUCAAAGAGAAUGCCAUCCAGCCGAUCUGCGCAACUGUGUGCCCAGAUCCAGAAAUUUCAGAGACGGUGGCUAUGCACAACUGUAAUGGCUUUGGCUGUUGUCGUGUAGACGUGCACAACUAUUGUGACAUUUAUCAGUUCAAAUUUGUCUAUGACCAUGACACAAUAAACACCAGAGCACACUCUAACCAGACCUCUAAGUUGUGGGAUAAAAUCAGCAUAACCGCUGAUGGUGGUUUAAUGCUCUCAUGGGAUAUAGGGAAUCAACCCACCGACUGUGUUGCCUGUGUCAGCGACCAUUCUGAGUGCCGCGGUUACAACUACGAUACAACUGGCAUGACAUCAAGAAAUGGCUACAGCUGGAACUGCAUGUGCAACGAGGGCUAUACAGGCAACCCCUACAUUCCACAUGGCUGCUCCAGUAACAGCAAAGGGUAUAAUCCAAUUCCGAGCAGGGCUGACUGUACCCGUUGGUGUGGUAACAUUAGUGUGCAAUUCCCAUUCGGCUUCGAAGAGGGUUGCUUUGCUAGGGAAGAGUUUCACCUCAACUGCACAGAUCUGACGUCAUCAGAUGCCCUGGUCAUGUUGGAGGAGAAACAAGUCAUCGACAUGAAUGUUGAUGAAGGGACCUUUAAUAUCACUUUUGCUGACCAACAACGUUGGGACCCCAUAUCAGAACGUCACAGUCUCGUAUAUGAAUAUGGGUUAUUUCUCUCUGUCAAAUGGGUUGCUGCUCAUCUAAGUUGCGCAGAGGCCCAACAGAAUAGAUCUGCAUAUGCUUGUGUGAGUACCAACAGCAAGUGUGUGGAAGUAACUGCUGAAAGAAUCUAUGCUGGUUACUGCUGCAAAUGCUCAGAUGGCUUCCAAGGAAAUCCAUAUAUCCAAAGUGGCUGUCGAGAUAUUAAUGAAUGCCUUCAAGCGAACAGUUGUAAAGGGAUCUGCCAUAAUACCAAUGGAAGCUUCCGUUGUACUGAAUGUCCUCUCGAGACUGAAUAUGAUCCAUUAAAAAUGCAGUGCACUAAGAUAAAACAACAGCCUCUACUCUUAGGUAUGAUUAUUGGGCUGUCCUGUGGUUUGGGCAUUCUUCUUCUGAGCUUCAGUGUAGUGUGUUUCACUCGCAGAUGGAAAAUAAAUGUUCAAAAGCAACUACGGAAGAACUAUUUCCGGAAGAACCAAGGUCUUCUCUUAGAAACGUUGAUAUCAUCUGAUGAAACUGCAAAUGAGAAUACGAAGAUUUUCUCAUUAGAAGAGCUAGAGAAGGCAACAGACAACUUUGAUCCUACACGUAUCAUCGGCCGUGGGGGCCAUGGCAUGGUCUACAAAGGCAUGUUAUCUGAUCAGCGAGUUGUUGCAAUAAAAAUGUCUAAGGUCAUUGAGGAGUGUGAGAUCAGUCAAUUCAUCAAUGAGGUCGCAGUUCUCUCUCAGAUAAAUCAUAGAAAUAUUAUAAAGCUCUUCGGAUGUUGUCUCGAAACUGAGGUUCCGCUGCUGGUGUACGACUAUGUAUCCAAUGGCUCACUGUCUCAAGUUCUUCAUGCUGAUUCAAGUGAUGGUUUUUCUCUGUCUUGGAUUGAUUACGUAAGGAUUGCCCUGGAAACAGCAGGAGCUCUAUCUUAUCUCCACUCUUCAGCUUCAAUAUCAAUCUUCCAUCGUGAUGUAAAGUCCUCGAAUAUACUCUUGGAUGUGAACUACACAGCUAAAGUUUCAGAUUUUGGCGCGUCUAGAUUGGUUCCAACUGAUCAAACACACAUUGUCACGAAUGUACAGGGUACAUUUGGGUACUUAGAUCCAGAGUAUUUCCAUACCAGACAGUUAAAUGAGAAGAGUGAUGUGUACAGUUUCGGUGUGGUACUAGUGGAGUUGCUUCUCAGAAUGAAGCCUGUUUUUACAAGUGAAUCAGGCACGGUCAAGAGCUUGUCAAACUAUUUUCUCCAGGAAUUCAAAGAUGGAAAUAUCACAAGUAUUGUUGACUCUCAGGUUCUUGAGGAGGCAACCAAAGAAGAGAUCAACAGUGUGGCCUCUCUUGCAGAGGUGUGCUUAAGGCUACACGGUGAAGAAAGACCCACAAUGAAACAAGUAGAGACGGAACUGCAGACUUUGCGAACAAAACGGGUGAACCCAAGUCAAGCAGAUCCGAGAAAUGAAGAACGAAUGCUACCAGAGUCACAAACUCAAAGAAGAGUAACAGCUUCUCGCCAAUCGUCCACGACGGAACUGGGCAAGAGAGAAAGCCGACGAUGCUAUAGCUUAGAGUGUGAGUUCAUGGCGUCUGCUAGUCUACCACGCUAGAUGCGUCUGUUAAGUUCAUAAUAAUGGAUGCUGAUUAUGCUCGUUUUGUAAACUGAUACAUGGGUUUAUGUUUUAGACAGACAAAACUAUAGAGAUCGUACGAGUUUUUGGAUUGGAACUAUUCUUGUUUAUGUAAACUGAUUAUUAUUACCUUGA